AUGAAAACCCAUCAUCUUCUCCUCUUCCUCCUACUGCUCUCUCUCGCCAACAAUAGUGGAGUCGCGGCGCCGGUAACUGAUCACCGGAAAAAGGCGCCGGACAAUGAGACAGUAUACCAAGUGUCUAAGCAGUUGUGUUGGGGUUGCAUAGGUGAGUCCUUACAGUUCUUGUUUGCUCAUAACAUGGUUAGGGCAUCAAAAUGGGAACUCCCAUUGAUUUGGGAUUACCAACUAGAGAAUUAUGCAAGAUGGUGGGCAGGGCAAAGGCAAGGUGACUGUAAAUUGCAACAUUCUUUCCCAGAGGAUGACUUCAAGUUAGGUGAGAACAUAUAUUGGGGUAGUGGUUCUAGUUGGACAGCUACAGAUGCUGUGUCUACAUGGGCUAAUGAAGAGAAGUACUAUGAUUAUGCAACUAAUACAUGCCAAGCUGGACAAAUGUGUGGUCACUAUACGCAAAUCGUGUGGAAGAACACUCGUAGGAUUGGUUGUGCUCGUGUCAUUUGUAAUGAUGGGGAUGUAUUUAUGACCUGUAAUUAUGAUCCGGUAGGUAAUUAUAUUGGCGAGCGGCCGUAUUAAAUACGUAUUAAGAAAGAGUUUUAG